AGUUAAUGUAAAGGGCGAGGUAGAAGCAUAAAGUUUCCAAACUGUCAUUUUAAAAAAGCGAAAUAACUUAAACUCGACCGGUGUUUCUCCCUGCAGUAUCUCGUCUGCUUGUUUCAGCCGUACAGGACUCCGUAAAAAUCUAUCAUGUGUCACUUAACUCCAACUCAAAGUGAAACUGAAAGUGAACCAGCUAGCGUGACGUUUGGCUAACAAACCGGUGACUGUGAGAGGAGGCACACGGAUCAGGUUCAGCUUCCCACAGGAGCUGACCCAUCAGUCAAAGGAAGAUGAAGGACGUGGCAGCAUGUGGAUUAUUCAUUCUUCUGUUCGAUGCAGUGCUGUGUGUGGCUCAGCGGGCCGAACUGGUGCUGCUGGAGUGUUCCAACUGUGGUGGACUGGUGGGUGUGUGGGCCUUUGGGGCAGUAAAGUGGGUCAUUCUCCGAGUGUUCACCUCCAUGCUGACUGAAGGAAAGCCAGAGGCUGUGCUCUCCAGGUUGGUAGCACUGCUCUCCCUUCUUUCUCCUGUGUUUGAAACUGGACGGAUGAUGAUGGCACCUCCCUCAGAGCCUUACAUCGGACCAUCUCAUGACCUCAACAUGCUGCUCCUGAGCCCAAUGUCCUCCACAUUGGCUUGUGUGGUUUGGGAACUGGGCCUCCGUGCUGAUAGAAAGAUGAAAAGGAGCAACAUUAAACUGGACUCCAGGCAGUUGCUUAUGAGGAUGCUGAACUACUUCAAACCAGACACCCUUUACAUUGUUGCAGCUUUCAGUUUCCUCAUCUUAGGUGUCGUCUGUGACACAUUUAUCCCAUUUUAUCAGGGGAAGGUAAUUGAUAUGCUAAGAGGUGGAGUACUUCAAACCAGCUUCUGUUAUGCAAUUGGACAACUGGCGCUUGUCUCUCUUGGAAGUGCUGUGUUCUCGGGCUUAAGAGGAGGCAUAUUUAUGUGCAGCCUGGCCCGACUGAACAAGAGACUGAAAGGUCUGCUGUUUCACACCUUGUUGCAGCAGGAAGUGAACUUCUUUGACAAGAACAAUUCUGGAAGUCUUUCCUCCCGCCUGGAGUCUGAUGUGGACAGGAUGGGCCGCACAGUAGCACUGAACGCCAACGCGAUGGUUCGCAGCACGGUCAAAACCUGCCUCAUGCUCGGGGUGAUGAUUCAGCUGUCCUGGGAGCUCACUUUGCUCACCUGCAUAGAGAUGCCACUGUUGGCCAUCUUGCAGAACAAAUACAACACUUUGUCCAUGGAGCUGAAAGAAAAGAUCCAGGACUGUCAAGCUAAGAACAAAGUUCUGGCCUCCCAGGCGGUCAAACUGGUUCAGACUGUCCGCAGAUUCAAGGCAGAAAAGGUUGAACUGAGGAAGUAUAACGAGGCUCUGGAGCAGAUGUGUGCUGUGAGGACACGUAAAGGAAUCUACAGUACAACCUUCUGCUUGAUGCGACGGCUGGUGAGUCUGGGGAUAAAGUUGCUCAUGCUGUCACAGGCCCGCAGUCUCAUCUCGUCGGGUCGCCUCACCACCGGGACUAUUGUGUCCUUUUUCUUGUACCAGAAGCCCAUGUCAAACAAUCUGAAGGAAAUUCUGUAUUGCUACGGAGACACGAUGUCCACGCUUGGGAUCAUCUCCAAAGUGUUCGGCUAUCUUGACAGGACGCCUGAGUGUAAAACGGCGGGCGAGUUAGCCCCUGCGGAGCUGGAGGGACGAAUUGUUUUCCAAAACGUCACCUUCACUUAUCCCUCUGCUCCAAAUGGAACACCAGCACUGAAGUCAGUUUCAAUGGAAAUUGAACCGGGGAAGAUGACAGCACUGGUGGGCCCUUCUGGCGGGGGAAAGUCCUCCUGUGUCAGCCUCCUGCUGAGGCUGUACGAACCUCAGGAGGGACAGAUCCUGCUGGACGGAGAACAACUGCACCAUUAUGAACACAAAUACUUCCAUCAAAAGAUGGCCCUGGUAUCCCAGAGUCCCGAGCUGUUUGCUGGUUCGCUGAGAUACAACAUUGAGUACGGCCUGAAGGACUGCACCAUCGAGAAGGUGAAAGAAGCUGUAGAGACGGCCAAAGCAAAUGACUUAAUCUCUCAGCUGGAGGAUUAUGACACAGAUAUAGUCAAAGACGGCAACAGACUUUCAAGUGGACAGCAGCACUGCAUCGCCAUCAUCAGAGCUCUGGUCCGAGACCCGCAGGUCGUCGUACUGGACGAGACUACCGGCAAAGUGGAUGCUGAAGUGUGGCAUUCUGUGCUGGAGGACCUUCUGUCUCGUGGUCGGACAGUCCUGGUGGUGGCUCAUAAGCUGAAGUCUGUGGAGAAGGCAGAUAAAAUUAUCUUCCUAGAGGAGGGAGAAGUCAUGGAGGAGGGGACGCACCAAGAUCUCCUGGCCAAGGGAGGGCGCUACUAUCAGUUCUGUCAAAACACUCAGUAAAUGUGGCUUUAAUGUUUCUGUGACUGUCUGUGAAUGAGUGUGUGGGUGACCGAAGUGUAGAAAUGUUCUCCCUGACCCGCCUGCCUCGUCAGGAUGAAAAGCCUCUCAAAACGUUUUAUUUCGUUUACCUCCUUAAAGUGUGUACGGUUUGAUGAGAGAUCUGAAACUCUAAUGCUAAGAAGGUAUUUUUAAAAUCCACUACUGGCACUCUAGCU